UAAUAGCACAUUUUAAAGUACCUAAUAAUAAUUUGUAAAAAUACCUAAAACAUGAAACUUUUUUAAACAUGGUCUUAAAAUAAUAAACUUUACUCAAAAUAUAUAAACCUAAUAGUACCUUUAUAAAGUACCUUAACCUAAUAUCAUUUUGUAUACAUAAUUAAGAUAUUAAGAAUUUUUAAAUAAACACAUGGUUUUAAUUUUCAGAUAACUGCUAGAUCAAAUAAAAACUGGUAGAAAUUAACUCUGGACUCGAUUUGAUCUGUGUUAGAAUUUUUUGAUAUUCAAGAUCUUUAGAUCCCAAGGUACAAUGAAAAUAUGAAAUAAUGAACGUGAACAAUCUGUAAAAUCAUCUAAACGUUUUUGACUCAGUUAUUACAACUAGAAAACUGUAAUAUGUUUUGAAAAUGUUUAAGCAGAAAUUAUUUACUUCCACUAUUCGAGAUCGAUCCUUACUCCUUAGAAAUCACGAUUUUGGUUAUUGUGUCUCAAAGGUCGACAAGGUCCACAUGAUAUGGCAAUACAGCAUUUAAAAUCUUAUACAAAGCGUUAAUAAGCAUAUUCUCUUAACACAUUAAUUAAAAUGCUCAAAUUUUUCUUACAUUAGACCUAAGACAAUACUCCAAGACUCUCAUCAGUUACGUUGUACGGAAACAAAGCCUGUUAUAGUAAUUGAUGAAUUUAAAGCAUUUUUGACCCAAAAAGGAGAAUUUAAAGCAUUUAUAUUCGUAUAUUUACUUGAAAAUCAUCUUGAUAUAUAGUCAAUUUGCCUCACCAUACUAGCAUAUAAAGAUAAAAAUCUAUGUUUUAAUUAGUUUGAUAAUUUAACUAAUUGACUCGUUACUAAUAUUGAUGUUUCCAUCAAUUACAAUUUACAGUCAAGUCAAACUUUUGACAUAAAUCUAUAAAUACAGCAAACUGUUAUCAGUGUUUAUAAACAAACUCUUCACUAUCUCAAAUCAAAAUCAGAACAUAUAAAAAUGAAGUUCGGAAAAGAAUUUUCGUCACAGAUGGUGCCUGAGUGGCAGCAGGCUUACGUGGACUACAAGUAUCUCAAAACCCUAAUCAAAGAUAUCAACCGCUUCAAACGCAAAACCAAUCCUCAAGGCCAUGAGAUGACAACGGCUCUGCACCGCACAUUCAGCGGUCAAAAGAGACAUGGCUUUGGCGGCGGUUGCGGUCAGAUCAGCCGCUCUUCGACAGUGGUCGACAUUAACGACGGAAUAACGACGGCGCCGAUUCAUGUGAGUUCUUCGGUGACUCACCAGUACGAGACGACGUUUUUUAUGACGGCGGAGAGAGGAGGAGAGUAUGAGUUGGUGUUUUUCCGGCGACUAGACGACCAGUUCAACAAAGUGGAGAAGUUCUAUAAAGAGAAAGCUGAUGAAGUGGUGAAAGAAGCGGCGGCGCUUAACAAACAGAUGGAUGCGCUGAUCGCGUUUAGGUUUAAGAUGAAGGAGGAGCGUACGGCGGAGAUGACUCUUAUGGCCUCACCUAAUGCGGUUUCUCCGGCGGAGCUCGCCAAAACGUCUAAAGCUCAAUCUCCCACGGGUGUCAUAGAGGAAGGAGGCUCCAGUGGAGCUGGUCGAUCCGAUGAAAAUGACAAUAGCGUUGAAAAAGAAAGUUAUAGCAAAACAACACUCAAACCGGCCAAUGACAUGAGCAAGAUGAAAGAUACGACGAGACCAGCUUCGAUGGGAGUUCUAAACUCCGUCAGAAUCAGCUACACUAAGGGAACGCCUAGUUCCACCAUUAAAAGCGUUCUCAAAGUCUCGAACGAGCCAGAGCUCAUAUUAAACAGGUAUAAUCUAAGGAAAAUCGAGGAGAAGCUAAGCUGUGCGUUCGUAGAGUUUCAUCGGAAACUAUGGUUUCUUAAAAGCUAUAGCUUUUUGAAUGUGUUGGCGCUUUCGAAGAUAUUGAAGAAGUAUGACAAGGUAACUUCGAGGGAUGCUGCGAAGUCUUACAUGACAAUGGUUGAUAACUCUUGCCUUGGAAGCUCUGAUGAGGUUAUGAGACUCCUUGAUCAUGUUGAAACUACAUUCAUAAAGCAUUUCACAAAUGGCAACAGAACAAAAGGAAUGAACAUCUUGCAACCUAAAGCUAAAAGAGAGAGACACCGACUUACAUUUUCCACAGGUUUCUUGGGUGGAUGCAUGUUUUCCCUCGUUGUGGCUCUUGUCGCUAUCGUUCGCACCCGAAACAUCUUACAAGAUGAACGCCAGGAACUGUACAUGAACUCAAUGUUUCCUCUUUAUAGCUUGUUCGGAUUCAUCGUGUUGCACAUAAUUAUGUAUGCUGCUAAUAUUUAUUUUUGGAGGCGGUAUCGAGUAAACUAUUCCUUCAUAUUUGGAUUCAAACAAGGAACUGAACUCGGCUACAAACAAAUACUAUUCGUGGGAUUCAGCAUUGGUGCGCUUGCGCUUCUUUGUGUCCUUGCCAAUCUUGACAUGGAGACAAACCCCAAAACUAAAGAUUACCAAGCAUUAACUGAACUCCUUCCUCUUUGCCUCCUCAUUACUAUGCUCAUAGUUCUAAUCCUACCAUUCAACAUUUUCUAUCGAUCAAGUCGCUACUUCUUUCUGAAUUGCCUAUCUCGCAUUCUUGCUGCUCCUCUUUGCAAGGUGACAUUACCCGAUUUCUUCUUGGCAGAUCAAUUAUGUAGCCAAGCGCAAACUCUUCGAAGCAUUCAUUUCUACAUAUGUUACUACGGUUGGGGAGACUUCAAACAAAGGCAAAACACUUGUAGAGAGUCACGAGUCUUCAACACUUUCUUAUUCAUUGCUGCUGCCUUCCCAUUCGUUUCUCGCUUCCUUCAGUGCAUGAGGCGAGUGUUUGAAGAGAGAAACAUUGAACAAGGGUAUAAUAGUUUCAAGUACUUUUUAGUAGUAGUUGCUGUUUGCUUAGGGAUGGCUUAUGAAGUUGAUCGAAAGAAAGAUCGUCAAACUAUCUGGAGAUGGUCAGGUGGGGUUACUUCUGCCAUGGCUGUGGUUUUCUGUACGUACUGGGACUUGGUUCAAGACUGGGGACUUCUUAACCGAACAUCUAAGAAUCCGUGGUUACGUGAUGAACUCCUAGUACCCCACAAAGAAGUUUACUUCAUUGCCAUGAUCUUGAACGUGGUGCUGAGAUUUGCGUGGCUGCAAACAGUGCUAGAUUUACAAUUUGAGUCAAUUAACACACAGGCGGUGAUUGCCUUUGUUGCAAGUCUUGAGAUCAUUCGUCGUGGGAUAUGGAAUUUCUUCAGGUUGGAGAACGAACAUUUAAACAAUGUCGGGAAGUUUAGAGCUUUCACGACAGUUUCAUUACCAUUCAACUACGAGGAAGACCAAUAAAUAUUGUGUGGCCUUAAUUAGUGGUAAGUUAAUCGGCUUAGCAUGAUAUCGCCCAUUUGUAUUACUAGUCAGUACUAGGUUAAGAUGGAACCAACAUUAAGUAUACACAUCUUUUUACAUCCCCUAUAUAUUAAUGCCAGAGCAUUACAACAUAUUUUC